CGCCAAGAACUAAGACAAAUUUAUUCAAAUUGCAAUUGAUAUCAGCUUAGGUACUUUCUCUUUCGUUUUAAGUUAUAAAGUUAGGGUGACAAGCGACAGGGCAGCAUAGUCGGUUUUUGUUUUGUGGGCAGUUGACGUGUGUCGAAUUUUUUGGAUUUACCCCUGAAUAAAAACUUGAUAAACCAUGAAACCGGUAAUAAUCAUUACCGUAUUCAUCUUUCAAGUUGCUCAAAAAUUUGUGACUGGAAUUCACCCAUCAUACAAUAUAUUUUCGCAGCAACCUCAACAGACUUUAAACAACAAUGGUUUGCAAUAUUUUCCCCAAUCCUAUCAGUCUAUUUCUGGGGGAGGACGAGUACUAGGGGGAAAUAGUUAUUUUGGUAACUUCGUUCCAUCCGGUCCACCACCUCAGCCAGGAAUACCCCUGGCACCUCAGCCAACUCAAGAUCCCGCAACAUUGGGAUGUGGUACUCCACCCGCAUCUUGCCCCAAUUCGAGGUACAGAUCUUAUGAUGGUUCUUGCAACAAUUUGAGAAAUCCUAUUCUUGGAACCCCAAAUACGCCUUACACAAGAUUGUUGCCUCAAAAUUAUGGAGAUGGUAUAAGCAACCCUACUUUGGCCAAGAGUGGAAAUGAGCUACCAUUAUCAAGAUUGGUCAGUUUAAUUAUAUAUCCAGAUGCGCCGAUUGAAGAUCCCAUAUUUACCCUUAACGCUAUGCAAUAUGGACAAAUUAUUACCCAUGAUAUGAGUAUGAUUCUUGGAAGUACCCAAGCACAACCUCAUGGUACACGUUGCUGUUCUCCUGAUGGUCAGUUACUUGAAUUGGCGAACAUACCUGAACAUUGUUACCCUAUAGUUUUACCUGAACAUGAUCCACAGCACUCUCAAACCAACACCAGAUGUAUGAACUUCGUGAGAACCAUAACAGAUCGUGACCGUAGAUGCAUUCCUGAAAAUCAAGCUGCUGAACAGUUGACAGCUGUAAACCAUUAUUUGGACCUCUCCAUAGUAUAUGGAAAUACAGAUCAAGUGAACCAACAAGUCAGGCAAUUCCAAGGUGGUCGAUUGAGAGUAGAUCAAAGAAACGGACAAGAGUGGCCUCCAAGAUCCUUGAAUGCAUCCGGAGUUUGCGCCAUUCAGAGCCCACAAGAAGCUUGCUACCUUGCUGGUGACGCCAGAGUUAACCAAAAUCCCCAACUCACAGUUCUGCAAAUCAUUCUUCUCAGAGAACACAACAGAAUAGCUAAUGCUUUGUCCAAACUUAAUCCCCAUUGGGAUGACGAGACUAUCUUUCAAGAGGCUAGGAUCAUCAAUAUUGCCCAGCAUCAAUUUAUAUCUUAUUAUGAAUGGCUGCCAAUCUUUAUUGGUGUAAAGAACUCGUUGAAGAACAAGAUUAUUUUUAAUACCAAAGACUUUGUCAACGAUUAUGAUGAAAGUGUUAAUCCCACAAUUCUUAAUGAACAUGCCAAUGCUGCUUUUAGAUAUUUCCACUCUUUGAUCGUUGGAAGUUUAGAUUUAGUUACUGAAAAACGUUCAAGUUAUGGAAGCCUGCGAUUAAGUGACUGGUUCAAUCGUCCUCAGAUUUUGGAAGAAGGAGAUAAUUUUGAUCAACUUGCUAGGGGCCUCAAUACACAACCAGAAUCAGCAUCCGAUCAAUAUCAUACCAGUGAAAUUACUCAAUUUCUCUUCAGAGCUGGUCAACCAUUCGGAAGUGAUCUCAAAGCAAUUGAUGUCCAAAGAAACAGAGAUCAUGGAUUGGCCUCAUACAACGAUUACAGAGAAUUCUGUGGUUUACCUAGAGCUCAUACUUUUAAUGGAUUCUUAGAUGUGAUAAGCCAAAAGAACGUUGAAAAAUUAUCAACUCUUUACGAAUCACCUGAAGAUGUAGAUCUGACAGUAGGCGGCUCUUUGGAAGCUCACGUGCCAGGAACUCUUUCUGGGCCAACUUUCUUGUGCAUUUUGACCGAACAAUUCUUCAGAACCAGAAAAGGAGAUAGAUUCUUCUUCGAAAAUUCAGGAACCAGUGGUUUGAACUUGGACCAACUUAACGAAAUUCGAAAAACCAGUAUUUCUAGAUUGUUGUGUGACAAUUCUUAUAACGUUAGGGCCAUGCAACCUAGAGGAUUUGAAAGGAUUUCUCACAGCAAUCCUGUUGUUCCUUGUGAGAAUUUACCAGCUGUAGAUCUCUCAUUAUGGAAAGAUAUGAGCAGUGGACAUGCCUUGCCAUCUGCUGGUGUUCCACUGGAUACCGUUGGAUAUGGUGGCCACCUUUUUUACAAAAAAUAAACGGCCAUAUUAAGAAAUUUUUUAUUUCCUGAUAAUCAUUAGAAUUAAGUGAUAGUAAAAAUGUUUUUUUUUGUUUUAAUAAUAUCCUAUAGAUAGUAGAUUUGUUUCGUUAAUUUUAAGGAAACGAAAUUCUAGAAAAUCAUACAGUAUUAUUUAAGAAAUAAAUAACAAAUUCUCUUAUAUAUUUUUACAUAAUUUUUGUUUUCGUACUUUUAAGGUAUUUGUUUUUUUUUUUAAUUUUGGUG